AUGGAGUCUCACCUUCUUUGGCUGGCUGGUAAAGAGCAAGAGGGCCACGAAGACUGCAUUCCCAUCGAAGAUCCGGCGACAGGAGAAAUUUUUGCCCAAUGCCACGCGGCCUCUCCAGAAGAUGUAGACGCCGCAAUCACAGCCGCUCACCAAGCAUACAAAUCCGGCACAUGGUCGCGCGCAAGUCGUCAUCAUCGCGCAGAUGUGCUCGAGAAGUGCGCAGUACUUCUCGCCGAAGCCCUUCCACAGCUUAUCCCGUUGGAGUCGAAGCAGACAGGACGCGUCAUUCGAGAAAUGAACGCACAGGUUCCGUCCCUCACCAGGUGGUUCAAGUACUAUGCCUCGCUGCUUCGUGUCGAAGAGCGCUCUGUUCUUCCGACCAUUGGCAAGUUGCAUAAUUUUGUUGAUCGCGUGCCCCUCGGUGUGGUCGUUCAGAUUACGCCGUUCAAUCAUCCGCUUUUGAUUGCCGUGAAGAAAUUGGCUCCUGCGUUGGCGGCUGGUAAUAGUGUUAUUAUCAAGCCCAGUGAGCUUACGCCCCUGACGACGCUGUUGCUUGCCAAGAUUUUGAAAGAGGCGGGUAUCCCUGAUGGUGUGUUGAGUGUGUUGCCUGGUUAUGGAGCUAUCACUGGGAAAGCCCUGGUUGAGCAUCCUUUGGUCAGAAAGGUGGACGUGACUGGGGGCACUGAAGCCGGUAGAGCGAUUGGCAAGAUCGUUGGCGGUAAUCUCGCGAAGUAUACAGCGGAGCUAGGUGGAAAGGCGCCUUUGAUUGUGUUUGAGCAAGCAGAUAUCGAUAUGGCCGUUAACGGAAUUGUCUUUGGAAGCUUCAUUGCGAGUGGACAGACAUGCGUAGCAAGCACUCGAAUCAUUGUGCAGGAUACCAUCAAGGAAGAGCUGCUAUCAAAGCUCAAAGACAAAGUCGAAAGUAUCGCCAAACGAAUGGGAGACCCCAUGAAUCCGGAAUCGAUGAUGGGCCCUUUGAUCUCUUCGAAGCAGAUCGAACGCGUGGAACGUCUAGUUGGUGACGCACAACGGCUAAACGAGGCACUUCCUCUGGUAGGUGGAAAUCGGAUGUUGGAUCAAAGCAGUCUCGACGGAUUCAACUUCUCAAAGGGGUAUUUCUACGAACCAACAGUUUUGAUAUCCACCAAAAACAACAAGAUCACCCAAACAUCCAUUUGGCAGGAAGAGGCCUUUGGUCCCGUGAUUGUCGUUGUCACCUUCCGGGAUGAAGAGGAAGCCAUUGCCUUGGCAAAUGACACCGAGUUUGGAUUGGGCGCUGGCAUCUGGACACAGGAUCUUUCUCAGGCUUUCCGGGUCUCCGAGCGGAUGGAAGCUGGUAUCACUUGGGUCAACACUCAUCACCGAAACGACCCUAGCAGCCCAUGGGGAGGUGCUACAAAUGCCAGUGGAGUUGGAAGCGAGAAUGGGAUCGAGGCUUAUCAUGCGUAUACCACUACGAAAAGCACUAUCAUGAACUUUGCGUCUACCGAGGAGUCACUGGCCGCCGAUGACUGGUUCGGUGAUGGGUCGAAGAGUGUGAGAUAUGGUUAA